CGUCGAUCGCCUCUGUCGCUCCCCCUCCGGGGCCUCUGCGGCCGCCCUGAAUGAUCCGGCCCAGAAACUUCCGCGCGCCUCGCCGUCGGGUCCGGCUUUCUUAGAGCUAGUGCCGCCGCCGCCGCCGCCAUGGCGUUCACGUUCGCUGCUUUCUGCUACAUGUUGGCGCUGCUCCUCACCGCUGCCCUUAUCUUCUUCGCUAUAUGGCAUAUUAUAGCUUUUGAUGAGCUGAAGACUGACUACAAGAAUCCCAUAGACCAGUGUAAUACUCUUAAUCCUCUUGUACUUCCAGAGUAUCUCAUCCAUGCAUUCUUCUGUGUCAUGUUUUUGUGUGCAACAGAAUGGCUUACACUGAGUCUUAAUAUGCCAUUACUGGCUUACCACAUUUGGAGGUAUAUGAGUAGGCCUGUAAUGAGUGGACCAGGACUCUAUGAUCCCACAACCAUUAUGAAUGCGGAUAUUUUAGCAUAUUGUCAGAAGGAAGGGUGGUGCAAACUAGCGUUUUAUCUUCUAUCCUUUUUUUACUACCUAUAUGGCAUGAUUUAUGUUUUGGUGAGCUCUUAAAGGGUGAUGUACAGUGGACUUGGUUCCAGAAAAGGUGCAUGCAGAAAAGCCAUAAAGCAAAGGAUUAUCUUUGAAGAAGAAUCUGGUAUAAAGAUUUAGCUGUGGAACCUGAUGAUCAUAGGAAAAAUGCCUUCCUCUUCUAUGGUUUUCUCCCGUCCAAAAGUACCUAGUCUUUAAUACUCAUGGAGAGACUUUUUCAAUUGGGAUAUUUAAAGUGGCAAGAAUUACCUAUAAAUUAACGUAAUACAACUGCCUCUGGCUUUUGGACAGUUUUAUUCCUGCCCUCCAUAAGGAUCAGUCGUAUCUUCAGUAAAAAUGUGUAAAUUACUGUCCUUAGUAAAAGAGAGGAAUUUUUUUUUUCUUUUGCUUACUGGACCUUAUAGUGGCUCAUCUGGAUAAAGGACUUCCAUCUCACUGUCAACUGUAGUCACCAUUUCUAAAACACUGAAUACUUUUCUGUAUGUUAUCUCCUAGGUAACCUCUGUGUGUCACGUAGAUGAAUACAUAAGUACAACUGCAGGAAGAGUUGUAGUUCUAUUUUUACUAUUAGGAUAUUCUCCUAUAAUAUGCAUGGAUCAACAUUUUCAUAUUAACAUGAAACAUUAAGCUGAAUGUUCCUUGCUUUAGUUUUCCAGGCUAAAUGGAUGUUAGGGAAAGUAGAGCUCAUUUUGAAGUCUAUUUUUUUAAAAAAACAUCUGCAACUGUCUCAAACUGCCAUACAUCUGAAGCCAAUAUAAUAAAAAAUCAUUUUGAGAGUGCAUGGCAUACAUUUUGAGUCACACAUGCCACAUGGUUUGGCAGAUUUCUUUGCUGUGCCACACAAUAAAAAUCUCCGAGAGAGAGAUUGCUACCAGAUCCAAAUGUUAACAUUUCAAACAUAGGCAGUUAGCUGUUGAGCAAGCAUGGCUACAGUUCUCCAGUGGAUUGCUUAGCACCUGCUGAUUGCUGGGAUUUUUACAUUCAUAAACUUUGCUCUGGUCCUAAAAGAAAACUCUAUUUUUAAGUAAGAGCAUGGUCUUUGGAACAGGUUAUUUAUGCUUUCAUUCUGCAAGAGAUUUCUAGAUCAUGUACUUUCCGAUUUAAAGCACUUCAGAAAAUGGAUAAUCUUGGGAGAAAAAAGAGGAGAUCAUUAAACUAGACUGAAUUUGAUUCACCUUGUUGGAAAGCAUUUUAAUCUAUUCAUGGUGGAACUUCCCUUUGCAGUCCAAGAACAAGGGAGCUACAAGAUCUCUCUUAGGUGCAAAUAAGGAAACUUUUAUUUCAUUUAGGUCUAUAAAGAUGUGUGAAAAAGGAGUGAAUAUGGAGAACUUUAAUUAGAAAGCCUAUUAAAAACAUUUUUGAGCAUUUUGAAUAGCUGUGAAGCUUGCUUCUUUAAAAUAGGUUGAGUUUGCCAAAAUGCUAUAAAGAUAUGGAACACAUGUGUAUCCAUAUUCUGUUAUGAGAGCUGUGUCACCAUCUUAAACGUCAAAUUAUUUAGGCUAGUGCUUGGUGUCAAAUGAUGUUCAUGUGAUGCAGCAGUUUCUAGGUAUGCAAGUUGCUGCGGAAAACCUCUGAAAUUAUCCACAUCACUCCUUUAAAUAUGUGAGGUAUCCUUAGCGAUAUGUUCACAUGGAAAAGUAUCUCUGCUUUUGAUAUUUUCUAUCUUUUAUAGUAGUACUGAAUUUUUACAAGAACUUGAAUGCUGGCUGCACCAUUAUUUGGGAGACAUGUAGCAUUUUAAGAAUAAAAAUAAUGGAUUGUCCUUCA